AUGGGAUUCGCCAUGAAACUCGGUGCCUUUAGCAUUACUUUUAAGAUAUGCAAUAGUACGUAUAAUCAUCUGCGCUUCAGCACCCCUAUUGGGACGAUAGGAGAUUUCAUUCUACCAGGGGUGAACGGGACUUUGAUAGGGGCCAAUAGGACUAGGGUUACACUUAAUAGCGGGAGGGGGGGGGGGAAUUGGACUUUCGUUCCAGAGAAGUUAGCCAAGAUAGGAAAAAAGGAUUAG